CGCGACAUACACCCAUACACCUCACCGUCGUCGACACCACCCAUACCCACACACCGCCACCACCACCCAUCAUGGACCAGUUCCGCGCCUUCACCAAGACCAUCUCCUCCUCCGUCCAGCCGCUCGCCAACCGCAGCCAGCAAUGGAUCAAGGAACAGACCGGCAACGCGACCGAGAAGACUGAGCUUCCUCAUGACUACGUCGAGCUGGAGACCCGCAUCGACGCUCUCAAGGCGACCCAUCAGAAGCUGCUGGCCGCGACGUCGCAGUAUGCGAACGAGGCGUACGAUUACCCGCCGAAUGUGCGCGAGAGCUUCCAGGAUUUGGGCAAGAGUAUUGGUGAGAAGGUCAACCUCCUCUCCAAAGCCGGCACCGCAGCAGAAGCUCAAGCCGCGCUGACAGCACCACCCUCCGCUAAACCCCAGCCCAAAACCUUCAGCCACGCCAUCGCGCGCGCCUGCCUCUCAGGCUCCCAGACCAUCUCCACCGCUACGCCUCAAGGCUCCACCGAGCAAGACCCGCUCUCCAACGGCCUCGAGAAAUUCGCCAUUUCCAGCGAGAAAGUCGGCGAAGCGCGUCUUGACCAGGAUGAGAAGAUUCAGGGCAAAUUCCUUGCUGGCUGGUCCACGACGCUCAACCAAUCUAUCAAGUCUGCCGAUAAAGCGCGUGCUGCGGUGCAGAAUGCGAGGCUCAAUCUUGAUGCUGUGAAGUCGAAGACUGGGACUGGGAAUGAGGCUGCUUUGACGGACGCCCAGAGGAAGAGUAUCGAGGCUGCGGAGGAUGUUUUCGUGGAGAAGGUGGACGAGGCGACGAGUGUGAUGAGGAAUGUCUUGGAUACCCCGGAGCCGUUGAGGAAUUUGGUCGAGUUGGCCAAGGCGCAGCAGGAGUAUCACGUCAGGGCGGCGGAGAUUCUCGAGGAGAGCGUCAAGGGAUUGGAGGAGUUGCAGGUGGAGCAGGAGGCGGAGUGGAGGAAGGCGAGGGAUGAGGCGUAAGAGGGUGAGGGAUAUGGAUUGGGAGGAGGACAAGAAGGAGGAGAUUGAUGUUGCGGGAAGGAGGAAUGAGAGUGGACAAUCGUUCGGAGAGAUUGGAUUUUAAGGUCAAGGCUUCGUGCUUUUUCAGGAUGGGAUACCAUGGAGGAUACUCGUGUUUUGCGUGGCACACCAUAGCGAUUCGAUGUGUGGAUCGGCUUGGAUGGGCAAUUGGAUUUGUUUGGUGCCUCUACUCUACGUCCUUCUCUC